AUGGAUUAUGGGUCCAAUGGCCUACUGGUGGUAGGGGCCGGUCGGUCCAGUUCUUUCCCAUACAGAAAGUAUCAGCUUCCUCCCCAUCCUCUUGCCAGUUCUUGCCAGUCCAGUCCAGUCCAGUCCACCUCAGUGCAAGUGCGAGUGUGCAAGUGCAAUCCACCCACCCAACCCUCCCACCUCCUUCCCACUGGCGCAACUUUGGAGCGACACCCCCCGGUCGUCUCCGCCCCACACUCGUGCAGCUGCAGAAGGAGCUGUGGCCCCGUUCAUUGGCUCCUGCUCCCGGCCGGGGCUGGAGGUUCAACUGCAUCUCUCACCGCUUCUUUCGCGGGCUCGUCGUCGUUCCUCUUCACCCACGCAUGCCCGCUUUUGGGGCCCCCGACCAAGUCUCUCGCCCUUCUCACCACCCGAAUCUCUUCCUACCCACCUCAUCUUCCCCCCAAAACCUUUGUCGCCGCUGCGAAGAAGGUCUUUUGCUCCCCUCAUCCACUUCACCACCACCCCGACGAAAGAGCGGUGUCCUGGGGAAAAAGGCCAUAUCUCUGCUCAAACUCCCCUUUCUCGACUUACACCUAUCCGUUGUUGGUCCUUUUUCCACGACUGAUCUUACCCAACAUGAACGUCAACUUCGAUACGAGUGGAGGCGACGCCCUCUUGGAUCUCUCCUCCUUCGACCAGCGGGACCGGUUUUCCUAUGCCUCGCAAAUCCCCUCAUCCCAGAACAGCCCCCAGAGCGUCACCAACAUGCCCGCUCAGAGGAUCUGGCCCAUUCCCUUGGAUAUGACCUCCAAUGUCGCAGCCUCGAGUCCUCCCGAGGACCAACAAGCCCACUCGCCUUCACAUAGCUCCUCACCUUUGAGCCAGCACUCGCAUCAUUCACCAUAUCAACAACCCGUCAACUCAUUGACCGACUGGGCCUUGCAACAACAUCAACAUCAGCAACAACAGGCCCCUCAUGGAUUGCCCGAUUACUCCCAAUAUGUCUCCGACGCCUACAUGCCCGUAACAUACAACCCAUACGCCCCGGGCUUCCAGACAAAUCCCAUCGACUUUCUCCCCGCCACGACCCAGGCGCUGCAGGCCGCAAACUUUCAACUCGCAUCCGCCUUCAACACGAUGCCCCCCAUGGACGACACUGUUCCGGCUAUGAAUUGGAGCUUGGGAAUGGAGAGCUGGCACGAUAUUCAAGCCGCUGCCUCAGCGUUGCAAAUCGACGGUCUGUCACAUAGCAUCGGCAGCAAUUCGCCCACGGGUACCUUCCUCGAGGUCCUGUCCCUGCCGAGCACUGGCAAUGGAGAGGGGUGGUCAAUGGUCGUUGAACAAGGCUCUGGAGCAGGAUUCGACCACUUCCAACAGGCACAGCCCAAUGCGGCAAUCUUCAACCCCAGCCAGACACUUCACUUGAGAACCAACUCGGACUCGUCGGACGGCGCCAAUUCAUUUGAACUCGGCAGCUAUGAGGAGAUUGCUCCCUUCCCCAUCUCUCCCUUCUCCCCCGAGUCUGAUGGAUACGUCGAUGCCGGAUCUCACCGCAAUUGCUUCGGAGACAACCACAACCACGCUCAUACUCACAGCCACGCUCAUGCACACACUCACACUCACGCCCACGUUCACAACCACGACACAGUCAGCCCUGCAGCAGCUGUUGCUCCCAUGCCCAUCAAGACGACUACUCCGACCCGGCCAACUCCCGCCAGCGGCUCCGGCGCCACGUCUCCCCCAAUUCUCACCACCGCCCGGAGAAACUCGGGCCAGAGGCGCAGCCCCGUCACCGGCAAGGCUACCAAGGCCGUCAUUCGCCGCACUUCAACCGGCAAGAAGGAUGGCACUGAGGUCAAGAAGGUUGGCCGCAGAAAGGGUCCUCUCCUGCCCGAGCAGCGCAAGCAGGCCAGUGAGAUUAGAAAGCUUCGUGCCUGCCUGCGUUGCAAGUUCUUGAAGAAGACCUGUGACAAGGGUGAGCCUUGUGCUGGUUGCCAGCCGUCUCACGCCCGCCUGUGGCAGGUUCCUUGCACUCGUAUUGACAUCAAGGAUAUCGGCUACUUCAUGAAGGACUGGAAGGCCGACUAUGAGCGCCACCUUGGACGUGGUGUCUCGGUCUACAAUGUCAAGGGCUUCGCUCAGAACGAGACCGUCAUGUGGAUCACUCACGGCUACGGCUUUGCCCUCCCCGUCUACGUCCGCGAGGUCUACGUGGCCGAUGAGAGCUGCUUCCAGGUCGACUGGGUUGAGUCCUGCUUGACCGAUCAGGAGCCCAUCGACUUUGACAUCCGCACCGAGAGACUCGAUGUCGGUGCCAAGGGCGUUUCCGUUGAGGCUCUGUCCGACUAUCUUGACAAGCACAUUGAUGGAGGCUUUGAGGAUUUCAUCGAGGAUCACUUCGAGGGCACUCCCUUCAUCACCGAGAUCCUCAAGACUGCUCACCGCUACUACGUCAAGGAGCGUAUGCCCGUCAUCCGUAAGGCUCUGAAGCUCGUUCUUGCCUACAACCUCACCCUGCACAUCACCAUGGUCGAGAGCCAAGGCGAGGAUGUUCAGCUUGAUGGCCAGAUUGAUGAUGAGGACUCCAAGUACUACGGCAAGACCGUUGCCCCCGUCAUGAUCAACUUCCAGAUCAAAUGUGCCAUGGCCGACAUGUGGCGUGAGCUUCAGAAGGAGAUUCUCGAGGAGCUGUCUGCCCUGUACUCCAGUGUCUACAGCGGUGAGCGUCUCAAGAACUGGCCCACCAUCUUCAUGCUGGCUUCCAUUCUCCUCGCUGUUUGGGAGGAGAUGCAGUUCGACUGCCACUACCGUGUUCCCGAUCCGGCCGCCGUCAACAAGUUCUGCAAUGACAUGGAGACCACUCCUGUCGGUGUCAUUGUUGGCCUCUUCCACGCCAUCUCCCAGAAGCUCCCUGCCUUUAUGGACUGGGACACCGCCAAGCACGGCCACCUCCUGAACAACAACGUCGCUGUCUGCGAGGCCAUGACCGAAGUCCGUCAGCAUGUCAUCAAGCACGAGGCAUACUUGCGUACUCGCCCCGACGCCAGCUUUGACCGCAACGACUUUGACUGCUUGUCGAACAAGUUCUUGUCAAAGCUCGUUAUCCGCGCCAACUGA